CGAAGUUAAUGGACGGUUGUUUAGUUGGUUGCUACAGACUGCGAUAACCACACAAUACUUAUUUUUUGUGAUUAGUGUCAAGUGAUGGAAUUAAAAUAUUGAUAAGAGUUCAACAUGCAUAUCUUGGAAUUAGGCGCUGAACAAGACGAGGACAAUGGACAGGCCAGGCUGCCGGUGGAUGGAGCGUUCAGGACCGUGCCCCGGGACCACACCACUUUUCUGGUCUGGAGAAUUACGGAAUCAAGCGCAGACAUGCUACCGCGGACACAUUAUGGAACAUUUUACGAUGCGGACGCCUAUCUUGUGUACUCAGCUUCUCUGCCCGGCCAACCUGGGGGGCCUGAUGUCAUCCGCAAGGAAAUAAAAGAAAACGGUAACGGAGCAUAUGCAGAGCGCCACGUGCACGCCUGGGCGGGAGAGCGGGCUGGGACCCUCGCCACUGAAGCACUCCGCCGUGCCAACCAAUUGGUCACACAUCUCGGAACUCCCAGUGUUAUCCACAGAGAAACAGCAACUAAAGAGUCUCCCAGACUCCUGUCAUAUUUUCGCGAUGGUUUCAGGAUCCUGUGCAGUGCCUCAAAAAGCAAUGCUGCAGCACGGUUAUACAGAGUGCGCGGGCGCAGACCUGUCUUGCUACAGCUGGUCCCCGUAUCGUGGACGCACCUGGCCUCCGACGGAGUAUUUGUGCUGGAUACGUCUGAUCUUGUAGUGCUGUGGUUGGGGCGGGCUGCUAACUUGGUUGAAAAAAUCUUCGGUGCAAAGAUCGCUUACCGCAUGGCUCGUGGCGCAGACAAAGGUGUGAUGGUUCGACGGAUUACGAUAGCACAUGAUGGAUACGAGCAGACAUUGCCACCAGGAGAUAGAAACGUUCUUGACACCGUGCUUGACCUGCGAGCUCGGACUGUGAAGCCAGUGACUCCAGUCUCAGAAGCUUCGAGGCCAGUCAGACUGUACCUGGCCACACAACCACCGAAACUGGUCUCCAUACCUUCACAGAAGCCAGCUGCUCGUUUGGAGGAAGUUAAAAAGGCACCGCUUUUUAGGGAAGACUUGAAAGAGGAUUGUGUGUACAUACUAGACGCCGGCACUCGUGGUGUAUGGGCCUGGGUGGGCGGCAACAUUCGCAGCGCGUGCAGCCGAGGCGCACUAGCUUCAGCCCGCGGCCUGGCUCGCGCCCGCCGCUACUCGGGCCCCGUGUCCAUCACUGUGUCCGGCCGGGAGCCGCUGGAGUUCGCCGCCUUGUUCCAUGACUGGCACUGGAGCGACUCCCGUCGCGACGUGAGGCUGCGCGCUGCUCGCUCGGCCACUACCAGGCUCGAUGCGGACAGUCUUGCUAAUAACGCUUGGUUGGCGGCUGAAACGCAGGUGCCAGAUGAUGGAUCAGGUGCUCUUCGUAUGUGGCGCGUGCGUAAAACCACGGAGUGUGAGCGAGACAGCACCGUGCAAACUCUGCAAGAGGUCGAGCGACCUCAGCAAGCUGUCUUCUACGACCAGGAUUGCUUUAUCGUACACUACACUUACCACGCGCCGACUGGGGACCAAACUAUUAUAUACUAUUGGAUGGGUGGCUCUUCACCAAAUGAUCUAAGAAAUUUGGGAGCGAAAGAAGCUAAGGACCUCUAUACUAAGUUAGGGCGCCUUCCUAUACAGUCUUGGGUACAUCAAGGAAAGGAACCGGCCCAUUUCCUUCAAAUAUUUAAAGGACGUAUGAUAACUUUCUGUGGAAGCGCUACUGACUAUGACCCUAGCGGACGUCGAGUUGUUUCCCCCGCGCGAGCGUUAAUCCGGGUGUCUGGUCAGUACGCCCGCGAAGCCCGCGGCGUGGAAGUGGGCCGCAAGAUGAACGGGAGCCGUGCGUGCGAGCAGGAGCGAGGAUCGUGCUACAUCCUGCGGGAGAGCGCGCGUGUGUGGGUGUGGUGCGCUGUGACCGCCACCGGCGACGAGCGGGAGGUGGCCAAGAACAUGGCCGCCGCCGAGCACACGCUCAUCAUGCAGGGAAAAGAGAAUGCAGAUUUCUGGUCUGCCCUGGGAGAUCGGCGACAGCUGUUGGUAGCAUCACCAUUAAAAGAACUGAAGCGACCGCUGCCUCCUCGACUAUUUUAUGUCUCUUCUAAUACACCUGGAUUAUACAAUUUUGAGGAGAUAACAUCGUUCAGCCAGUACGAGCUGUGCCCGGAGAUGUGCGCUAUGGUAGACGCGCACGCGGCAGGCCUGUUCCUGUGGCUCGGAGCGCACGCGUGCACCAGACACAAGGACGACGCUCUCAACAUCGCGCUCUCCUACUGCGCACAAGAUCCUGCAGUUAGAAACCAAGAAACCCCAAUAUUCGUUGUCAGUCAAGGUCGGGAACCACCAAACUUCACUGGGCUCUUCCCUCAUUGGAAAAGCACCAUGUGGAAAGGGCACAAAACAUUCAGCGCUAUAAUUAGUGCACUGGAGGGAAAGGCGAUCAUUCGGGUCGGUAGCACUCUGCAGAAUGGCACUUCUGAGAACCAGUUCGAUCUACACGACAAAUAUUCUCUGUCAGUACUGCGAGGUCCCAAGGAACACUUGCCGCAUGACGUCGAUCCUCUGGCCAAAGAGCUCUACUUGACGUACGACGACUUCGUGUCGACCUUCAACAUGUCUUACGAUGAGUUCAAGACGUUGCCGAGUUGGAAACAAAAAGAUUUAAAGAAAAUUGUCGGCCUCUUUUAACUCUCAAAGUUUUGAUAUAUUUUUUAUUUUAAUAUUUGAAGGAAAAAUGUCGAAAUGUUUUAAUCACACUUAGCAUAGCUUAGCUUAGUAAUUUAUAUUGAUUUAACGCAAUAAAUGUAUCCAGUAUUAUUUUUUCUAUGUCAGUAACAAUGUUUAUUUAUCAAAAAAAAAACUUAAAUCUUUUGAUGGCACAGCUUGGCGCUCUAAUUAUAUUCAAUAUUGUUUCACUCCUUUCUUUAAAAAGAAGGUAAAAAUUCAACUAAGUAGAAACAUCUAUACACCUAUAAUUAAUAUUCUUACACAAGUUUGGUCAAUGUAUAUUAUAAAAUAUAAAUCAGCAAUGAUGUAUUAAUAUAUAAUUAAGUGAUAAUCGCUGUCUGUUAUAUGAAAUAGUGAAUAAAUUGUAUUGUGAUUAUUAAAAUAAAAGAGCAUAAUUUUAAAA